CUCUGAUUGUUCACUUUCACCUGAUUCAAUCUCUACCCUUUGAAAAGGAAAAAUGGCUGUUUCUUCUAACCAAAAAACAGGCUUCCAUGCUCGCUCUAACAGUUUUCCCUCUAGACCAAACCCAAUUAUCACCCAACUUGAUGAGCAUUUGUGCAGAUCAAGGGCUUCUGAAGGUGCCUCUACCUCAUCAUCCUUGGGUGGCAAGCUAAGUAGCCUUCAGGAUUUGCAUGAUUGUGUCAACAAGUUGCUUUUGUUACCACUCACUCAACAAGCCAUAGCCCAAGAGAACAAUGGGAAAUGGGUUGAUGAGCUAUUAGAUGGAUCUCUUCAGGUUCUUGAUAUAUGUAAUACUGCGAAGGAUGCCUUGUUGCAAACAAAAGAGUGCGUCUACGAACUUCAAUCGAUUUUACGCAGGAAAGGUUGCCGUGAAGUUGGUCUUACAAGUGAGGUUAAGAAAUAUUUAACCUGGAGGAAGAUAGUGAACAAGGCAAUUCGCAAGGCCUUGAAGGGUAUGGAAAACAAAGACAACUUCUCUACCUCUAACGGAGACCAUGAAACUACAACCAUUUUUAACAUGAUAAAAGAGGUUGAAGUAGUUUCUCUCAAAGAAUUACACUCUCUCCUCUCCUUCAUCUCUGGACCAAAGGCAAAGACCACUGGUUGGUCAUUAGUCUGCAAGCUGGUGCACCAAAAAAAGGUAGCAUAUGCAGAUGAAGAAACUGAUAUAAAUGAAUUCUCUAAAGUGGAUGCAGCAUUACUAGCCUUGGUAGAUCAGAACACAAGCAGAUCUGAUAAAAUCAAGGGUGUUCAAAGCAACCUGGAGAGCUUAGAACUGUGUAUUCAAGAUCUUGAAAGUGGUCUUGAGUGCCUUUUCAGGAAUUUGAUCAAAAAUAGAGUCUCCCUUCUCAACAUCCUAAACCAUUAUUAGCCUGAACAAUUUUGAUAUAAUCAUGUUUGUACGUUGUAGAAAUAUACAUCGAAUAUUCCAAAGACAAUGAAAUCAUAACUCAGUUGCUCAAAG